AUUUCAGGAUGAACUCAAUGCGAUUACUAAUACUUCUAACGUUCAUUUUAUAUGAAACACAGAGUGCUCCAAGUAUAAAACCUUUAAAGUUUUUAAAGUCUUUAAUAUCAAAACAUUUAUCAUCAACUACUGAACAKCCAAUUUUGGAAGAAAAAAUAUACCCAGCAUAUACAUGUGAAUCGGUCGAAGAUGACGAAAUUAAUGAUGCAGUUAUUGAGUGGAACCGUCAAGUGUUUUUAGUAGAUCAAAAACCUAUUUUGAUAGAAGUUGGAAACGUUGGACAAAUUCAAAAUGGAAAUCAUAAUGAUGACAUCGCUGUAAAUCCAGAAAUUAAUUCCGAUGUGAACUGUGAAGGAAAUGCUGAAGUCAAUUCCGGAGGAAAUUUUGAAGAAAAUCCUAAAUUAAGUCCAGAAGAACAAAAAAAUGAAUAUGAAAAAGAUUUAAACACACAAUGGUUAUUGGGUGAAAACACAAGUGAAAACCCAACAGAAACGUAUUUAAAAGUUGGUAAACCUUCAAUCAAAGAUCAAAUUAUUAAUAAAAUCAACAUAAUCAAAUCGAAGUUAAAAUUUAAGAAUCGUUUAGUCAUACCGAUCGAAGAAAUGAUUGAAGAAAACAAGAAUAAUGUUGAAUUUACUUCCGGAAAUCCAAUCACCACUUUGUCAUCUAUUACUACAGGAAAACCCGCUACUGUACAACACAUCACCACUAUACAACCUGUUACCACAGCACACCAAUAUACCACAACUGUACAAUCAUUCACUUCCACACACAAUACUCCUCCAGCACAAUACUCCACUACUGUAAAACCCGAAAGUAAUACGCCUGACGUACAAGUAAAAUAUGGUAUCGAAUCUCAAGAACCAAUUAUUACUAUUCCCACUCAAAAUCAAAUGCCUUUGCAACAACAACCAAUCUACUACUCAGACUUUUACUAUCCACUAUGGCUUAAUAACUGUCCACCACCUCUAUCUCAUAAAAUUUGCUAUAACCAAAACUAUUAUUACGCACCAAGUCCGAAAUUCCCCGAUACAUUGAACGAAAAUCAGUUUACUCUUGAAAACACACCAUAUAACACACCCGAAUACCAAAACCAAAAAAUUAACAAUGAUUUAACAAAAGUGAUCAAUUAUAUCAAGAUUGAUUCGGCCCAACCAGUGUAUCCGGUCAAACCAAAUCAAGAUGAACAGUGGAAUCAUUAUACAUAUGACGAUACAAAUCCCAUUUAUCAAAAUCCUAUAUCUUAUUAUAUCUCUGCGUCAACCGACCCAGAAUCACAGCCAGAAAUUGUAAUUCCUGGCAACGAUGGUGCAUACUCUACGUCAACCAUGGAACCGAUCGUUGUGUAUCCUGCYGAUUCCAGUAUUCAACCGAUUAAUCAAGUAGAUCAAACACAACCAGAAUAUAAUUUGGACCAAAACUUAGAACCCACAACAGUGAAUUCCAACGUCGAAGUUUCCCGUACACCGUUGAGAGGAGAUAUUCAAUACGGUGAAGAUGUCAACCCCAAUGUCAAUUACGAUCAACCAGAAGAAGAUAGUUCCGAUUACAUGUUGAAGGAACGCAGAAGCGUAGGUCAAUACAGUAAUGAUAAAAAGCUUAUCGCUCAGAAAAAUAAUCUGAAUGUGCCGUUUGCAGUAUCAGAUAUCUCUUUGGUUAAACCAGUAUCUGAACAAGCUGAAACCCUUAUUCCAGCUAAAAAAAUAGAAACUCCUGCAGUCACUGAUACUAAAAUACCAAUCAAUAAAAUCGAAACAAAUAUCACCAAUAUUGAAAAACCUGUCCCCGAAAUUGAAAACCCUAUCGUAAAAAUUGAAAAUCCUGUCGUCGAAAUUAAAGAACCUGUUCCCAAAAUUGAAAACCCUGUCGUUAAAAUUGAAACAGCUGCCGUCACUUCAACCAAAAUACCUUAUCUGGAAUCCAACAACGUCAAUAUAGGUGUUUAAUAAUAUAACUCAUAGAUGCAAAAAUUAAAGAGAGUUAAAUUCACUUUAUGUAAAUUAUCUUAUUUAUUCUGACGCAGUACUUAUUUGAAAAAAAUUAAAUACUUACUUAAAAUACGUAUUAAACUAUUUUUCAUCUAAACAUCUUCUAGAUCAAAGUUAGUUAGCGUUAAAUAUUGUUAUUUAAUCAAGUCAGACUUAUUUAUUAUUAUGAUAUACUUUUGGAAAAUUAUAUUAUAUAGUAUAUUCAGUCUUCAGUUUAAAAUAGGCGCCAGAUUGAAAUGCCUCUAGGCCAUACAAUAGAAACGCAUAAUAAGUCAAUUUUUAUGAACAAUAGUUACCGUACGUGAAAAACCUCAAAAAAUUCGUUACAGUCUGGCUGAUUGUAAAUAGGCCACUUUAAUUAUUAAAUUAUGUAUUUAUGUUCUUGUUACAUUGUAAAAUAAAAAAUAACAUUUUGUUCAAUCAAUAUAACAUAAUAUCUGAAAUAAUUACGAUUGUCCUUUCCAAAAAUGUAUGUUUAGAUGUAUGAAAAAAAUUCUUCACCAUUAAUUAAUCA